AUGGAUCAGAACAAUCAUCAGAUCAAACCUCUACUUGAGGUCAGUAAUCUGAUUCGUGAGUUCCCUGCGGGUGAAUCCACUAUUCAGAUUUUAAAGAGUAUUAACCUUAAAAUUUACCCCGGUGAACUGGUUGCUAUUGUUGGGCAAUCUGGUUCGGGUAAAUCGACAUUGAUGAAUAUCUUGGGCUGUUUGGAUCAACCUACAUCAGGUAGUUAUCAAGUCAAUGGACGUGAAACAGGUCAACUUGAACCCGAUGAGCUCGCGCAAUUACGCCGUGAAUAUUUUGGCUUUAUUUUCCAGCGCUAUCACUUAUUGGGUGAUUUAAAUGCCGCAGGAAACGUUGAAGUCCCAGCGAUUUAUGCUGGUAUGGAUCCGAGUGUGCGUCAAAAGCGUUCACAUGAAAUCUUGACUGACUUAGGACUCGGUGAAAAAACUGAAAACCGUCCAAAUCAGCUUUCGGGUGGACAACAACAGCGAGUUUCGAUUGCCCGUGCUUUGAUGAAUGGUGGUGAUGUCAUCCUUGCGGAUGAGCCAACUGGUGCACUAGAUAAGCACAGUGGUGUUGAGGUUAUGCGUAUUUUACGUGAGCUCAAUGCCAAAGGGCAUACCAUCAUCCUGGUUACCCAUGAUAUGAAUGUGGCAAAAAAUGCGACACGUAUCAUUGAAAUCAGUGAUGGUAACAUCAUCGCGGAUAAGCCAAAUGUUCCCGAACAUGAUGAUGAGAUUGAUGUUGUUGUCGACCCAGAACCUAAGUCGAAUCGUAAAAAGUCAUCUAAAUGGCGUUCUGCAUUAGAUCGUUUUGCAGAAGCCUUCCGUAUGGCCUUGCUGGCAAUGAAUGCCCAUCGUAUGCGUACCUUUUUAACCAUGCUGGGUAUUAUUAUCGGGAUUGCAUCUGUGGUCUCGGUGGUGGCUUUGGGCAAUGGCUCACAAAAACAGAUUCUUGAUAACAUCAGCAGUUUAGGCACCAAUACCAUUACCGUCUUUCAGGGACGUGGCUUUGGUGACAACUCGAAGACAGCACAGUUUAAAACCUUGGUUCCAGCAGAUGCUGAGGCACUCUCAGAGCAACCUUAUGUCGAAGCAGUCAGUCCAACAGUCAAUAGUAGCGUAACAGCACGUUUUAAAGACACCGAAGCUUCUGCAACCGUCAAUGGUGUCAGUGCUGAUUUCUUCUAUGUGCGUGGUAUGACCUUUAAAUCUGGGCAAGCUUUUGAUAAAAACAGUAUCACUGGGCGAGCGCAGGAUGUGGUGAUUGAUGCCAAUACUGAAAAGACUUUCUUUGCAGAUGGCACUAACCCUGUAGGUCAAGUGCUGUUAUUGGGGAGUGUUCCAAGCCGAAUCAUUGGUGUGAUUGAUGCACAGCAAGGCUUUAUGGGCAACUCAGACAGUCUCAAUGUUUAUCUACCUUAUUCAACCGUCAUGAGCCGAAUGUUAGGACAAUCCAAUGUCCGUAGCAUCAUCGUGCGUAUUAAAGAUGAAUAUCCAACUGCGGUUGCUGAAAAUGCCAUUUUAAGUUUGUUGGAACAACGUCAUGGCGCACAAGAUGUCUUUACUCAAAACUCUGACAGUAUUCGUCAAACCAUUGAACAGACCACACAAACCAUGACUUUACUGGUUUCAGCUAUUGCGGUGAUUUCAUUGGUUGUCGGUGGUAUUGGGGUAAUGAACAUCAUGUUGGUGUCUGUGACCGAGCGUACCCAAGAAAUCGGUGUGCGUAUGGCUGUAGGUGCUCGGCAAAGUGACAUUCUGCAACAGUUCCUGAUCGAAGCUGUUUUGGUGUGUAUUUUGGGCGGUAUCUUAGGGGUCCUGCUCUCUUUAGGCAUUGGACAGUUGAUUGGACAUAUUGCCAAAGGCAGUUUCCAAAUGGCGUAUUCAAGCACCUCUAUCAUUGCGGCAUUUCGCGUGACCAACAAGGGCCUCGUGUUAAUUCUGGAGUAUCUACAGGCCAUAGCUUUGACCUUCAUUCAGGUGAUGAUGCUGCCAAAGGUCUAUCUCUCAGUGCGGGUGUCAGUUAUGAAGUGGAUUUGUUUGGAAAAUUAG